GAGUCCCCAGGGAUUUCGGAGCUGGCGCAGCUUACGCGCUUUCUGCUGGACACUGCCAAGGUUGAGGACCUCCAAGCAAUGCUCCAGGAGUCCUGCCCUACCCCGAGCAGGAAAUGGCUUCUAUCCCUCGUUCUCGUGUCCUCGACUGCUUCAUCGCUGCAGCAGAUGCUGGCGAUGCUGUACCCCGAGCCCCCGGAAGCCAGCGAGGUGUUGGUCCGAGUCGCCGGCCACAUCGAAAGCGAGUGCUUGCUGGAGGUCGCGGAGCGACCCUCGGGCGGUGUAUGCCUCGUUGAGGAGACGACGGUGCAGGGCAUCAUCAUCCGGGUGCUCUCGGAAGACAUCAGUGGCACCUGCGAGACCUAUGCGUCUGACCUUGUUCGCAUGGGCAUCCAGCUCCCUCUCUGGACUUCGAGGGAGAUGGCGCGAUUUUCCUCUUCGCCCAGUUUGCAGGAGAAGGUGGUGAGAUGGUUUAUCGCAUCCUUGGCGGACCAAAUCCUGGUCCUGCUGCAAGGCUGCUGCAUGGUGGAACAGGUCUGGAUCGCGACGUCGCCAACGUCAGCACGGAUGACCGUGUCCGAGAUUGUCGCAGAGUCCUUGGCCGCGGCUGAGGUCUUUCGAGAGUGCUUACUUCAGAGCGCGCCGCUUCACGAGUCGCGGAAAUGCGUGGACUCCCUGAUUUGCGAGCUACUGGAGACGUCCGAAAUGCAAAAACGAAGGACUGCGCCGCCUCACUGUGAAGAGAGGUUUGGCUGCAUCCUCGGGGGCGCGCUGGAUGGCCAAGUGAG